AUGCCACAACCCAAUUUAAGACUGAUUCCAUACAACAACGGCCAGACGAAAGCCGUGAUCCGCACCAUAUAUCAGGCCCCCUUGCCUCAAAUGACGAAACGCAAUGUCAAAAGGCGUCGAGCCUCGAUAGCGUGUCUUCCUUGCAGGAAGCGCAAAGUAAGGUGCGAUGUAACUGAGAGCGGAGGCGCGUGCCGAAAUUGCCGGUUAGACGGUCAGAAGUGCGUGGUUGAAUCCAAGAGGUCUGGUGGGCCGAAGAGGGCGAUGCGCCUAGGGAUGAGGGACGAAGACGAACAUUCUGCUGAAACCUAUCGACCCAUUUCGCCGUCAUAUUGGUUGGACCCUGACCAACCUGACGAUAAAGGCACUACGAGGUGUCCCGCCCUUUCGACAGUAGAUGCAUACGCUACGCCAGAGACAGAGAUAGAACUCGGUGUUUCUCCCCGUGGCUGUAGCAGCAUAUCAUCCUUUCUACAAAAGGAUGACUCGUCCAAUCCGCCGAAACGCAUCCCGAGACUAUCGACCGAUGAUGAACGAGAACUGUGGAGCGACAAGCAUGUUACAAUUCAAUUCCGAACCAGGGCAUGCAACGCAGAAUGCAGCCUUCCCUGGACCACAGGAGGCUUUGUUCUCUUCCCAUUCUAUCACUUUAUUCGCCCUUCGUCACUGAAAGAGACAGAUACAGAAGUGGCCAAGCUGCUGGAACAGCGUGGAUGCCUCCACGUGCCUGCCAAGCACAUACUAGAUGAGUUCAUGGAGAAAUACUUUUCGUAUUUCCAUCCGCUGGUUCCUAUCCUAGACGAGCAAAGGUUCUGGGUGUCGUACGGUGAGCAAGGCGAGACCAACGGGGAUCUGUCUCUGUUUGUGCUGCAGGCGAUGCUCUUUGUGUCCAGCCCGUAUGUUCCUCUGAAAACUCUCAUCGGUCUUGGUUUCCGAACUGUCCAAGAAGCCCAGGACGAGUUCUAUAUACGGGCUACGACGCUAUUCGACCUUCAAUCUACCCUGAGUGACCAAGAUAGAGCUCAAGGAGCCAUGAUGUUGACAUACCGGACGGUAAGCUUCAUGGACAAGAAACCGUUAUACUGGCUCAGUAUCUCUAUCCACUAUGCCAAGAGUGCCGGUGCUCAUCGACAUCAGGAGAAUCAGGAUACGCGUGAGGGAACGCUGCUCAAACGUCUGUGGUGGUGCUGUAUCCUUCGCGAUCAAAUCUUGGCUUUGGCGCUUCACCAGUCACCGCUCGUGAAUCGGAGUGCACUCGAGACCAGCUGCCCUGCGCUGUCAGUUGCCGACUUUACUCACGAGAUUAGGACAUCUCGAGUGUAUGAACACGUCGACAAACAAAUUAUAGUGCGGAUUGCUAUCGUUCUUUGCGAAUUCAGCGAUAUACUCGGUGAUAUACUUCUGUUGUCUCCUUUGGUAAAAGAACGUGGGUUCUGCCGUGACGAAAUUGGGGAUCAUAUUUCGAGGCUUGAUGUCUGGUAUGAUGAGACGUAUGCCACCUUCCGGUUGCCAACACUCAUGACUGGAGCUCACGAAUCACUUACUCUGUUUUCAAACAUUCUUUGCACUUACUACCACGCUGCGAAAGCGCUGAUCUACAACCACACGAUACUGAGUACAGGUCUGUUCGACGGGAACCUACCUAACGAUCUCCCAGAUGCAAGGGCUAUAGCACACACGAAUCUCGGCUGCUGCUUCCGGAGUAUCACAGAGAACAUAAUAGAACUGAAGGAUUUAGGAUUAGUCCAAUACCUUCCAAUUACCUUUAUAAACUUUUCGGCGGCUCCAUUAAUCUGGUACUUGCUACAAUCGCAUAUACAAAAUUCAGACGUCGAGACGCAGCGGGACCUGGAUGCCCAAUUUGAUGUCAUGACCCAAUUCAGUUGUCUUUACCGGAACGCCGAAAGCACCAUAAACUACAUCAAGAGCAUUGUGGAACAUAUCAAGAUCAGUCUGCCGCCACCAACUAACGAUUUCUAUUCCAAUCUUGUAGAUGGAGAUGGAGACCGGUAUAGCACGUUAUCUGAUGAAUCUUGGAGCAGCAGGACUUGGAUAGACAUGCUCCUCAAAGAUCCUCGGAGGUACCUCCGUAUUGCGUUGGCGGUAGAAUUCUCGCUUGCUCGCGGCCGAUGCCCAGCCGAAGACGACUUCCCGCUAUGGCUCAGCGACCAUCAACAACACAAAGAUGAACUAUGCUUGCAUUCCUGUUCAUCUCGAAAAGGCUCAGAUUUAGACUCGGGCUUCUUCAGCGAAGCCGUUGGCGACUUUGUCUACGAGGACCAGGAGGCGUCGGUCUCGUGA